AUCGCGUUGUUAUUUUGAGCAGUUUUUGCCCUGCUGGCUGAAGUGUGCGUGCUCGGAAAUUAACAGAGAAACAGAUUUAAUCGAGAGCUUUUAUCUAUUUACCGGAACUAAAAAGCCAGCGUAGUUGUGUCUUUUUUUUUUUAAUAAUCAGAUCCCGCUGAGACUCACUCACACGGAGUGUUUUUGUUUGUUUGUUUUGUUUGUAAACCGAUGGUAUCGCAAACUGAUAGCGAUAACAUGGACCUCAGCGUGUCCGUUUCGUUCUUGCAAGACGAGCUCGGCUCUGCCAUCGAGCACGCAGUGAAAGCGGCUGUAGACACCGUCUUGUGGGAAAUCACAAGAGUUGUGGGCAGUAAAUUGAACGAGUUUCAGAUUGCAAUGGCUGGGAAGGAGAAAGAGAAUGAAAGGCUGAAGCUCAGGUUGCAGAAAUACAGGGAAGCGGCGGGCAGGAGCGCUAACGAGCAAGCCCCGGCGGACCUCAGACAGGGGACCGGCGGCAGCAGCUGCGAAAGCUCCCCGGCUGCGCUGUUCGGUGACCCCCCGGUUGAUCCGGCGCCUCACGCCGGUAUCGAGCCCCCGCCGUGUUGUUUUCAAUCGAAACGGGAGCACAAGGUCCCGGCAGUGCGGGACAGACCGGCUCAGGCUAACCGAGGCGUGCUGACCUCGUUUCAGGAGUGUGGACCCGGCGAGGGCAGCUGGGAAGCGGAUUGCAGGGGCGCAGGACGAGACGUGGGUGAACUGCCUUGCCCCGGCCCGAAGCUGCUGAAAGAAGGCGUCUCUGAGUUGGACUCUGUCCUCAAGGACGACGAGAUGGAGCCCAUGUACAUCACUGCUGACGGCAUUUACUCCAAACCUCUGCUCUGCCUUCACGGGCUGGGCUACUGCGCUGAGUGCCAGGACAGCUACCUGAACUCCCUCCAGCAGGGGGAGACGGCAGCGAAACCGCACCAGUGCCCCGACUGCGGGAAGCGCUUCAAACAGCCCGGCCAUCUCAAAACUCACCGGCAGGUCCACUCCUCGGUGGAGAAGGUCUUCUCCUGCGGUGACUGCGGGAAGACAUUCAACCAGCUGGUGAAGCUGAGGCAGCACCAGCGGACUCACACCGGGGAGAAGCCCUACCAGUGCUCCGAGUGCGGGAAGAGCUUCAGCCGGCUGGACAAGCUGAAACAGCACCACAGGAUCCACACGGGCGAGCGGCCUUACCACUGCGGCGACUGCGGCAAGAGCUUCAACCAGCUGGUGAAGCUGAGGCAGCACCAGCGGAUUCACACCGGAGAGAAGCCCUACCAGUGCUCCGAGUGCGGGAAGAGCUUCAGCCGGCUGGACAAGAUGAAGCAGCACCAGCGUGUCCACAGGGGGGCGCCGGAGGGAGCGCAGCGCGCGUCCUCGAGCCAGGACACCGGCAGCGCGCGCUGAGGGGUUUUUAGUGGUGCGUUUUCGGUUUUUUUGAGUAGAGGUGUUGGCAGUGUGACUGCUGUAGCUGUGAUGGGGGCUGUACUACUGCAUAGAGGCAGCUGGGAGAGAGGAGAGAGGAGAUAAGGAAGGGAGAGAUA